GUAUAUUUAAAUAGUCCGUAUUCUCUGAGCAAAUUAACGGUGUAUGACAUUUUCGCGAUACACGGCGACGGUCACACUGAGAGACAGCGACCAAAAACAACAAGACAAGACAGGCGAGGGAAUGAAAAAUAAAAAGAGGCGCAAGAACCCAGAAAACCGAAAAGCAAAGAGGGAUAAAAUAGCCGAGAUCAAUUAAACCCUGCCAAACUUAACACGGAGAAAUUUGUCAUUGUAAUUGUUUUUUUUUUGUAAACAAAACACAAACUCGCACACCCGUUUUCUUUUGCUGCACAACUUUGUUACACAAUUGUGGAGUGUCAAUUGUUGCGGAAUCCCUUGUAAAUCGCGAUGAGUAUUUGGGGCGUACGAUGUUUGACACAGAAGUUCAUCCGGCAGGCAUACAUCCUUGCGAACAGGAGGUUAUUGAGUCCAGAGCCCCAGAGAUGGCCACCGGCACACGCCAUUCUACGGCCCGCACACAGCAGUCUAUAUCAAAUGGUAAAGAAACGCACCCUUGAGGCGCGAACCAAGUUGCAAGCCAACAAAUAUCCGAAUCAUCAAGCCUGCGUCAUAAAGCCCCCAACUCUUCCCAACGAGGAACUCGAGGCGGCUGUGGAGUGUCCUGAGCCUUCAAGCUAUGCCAAUGCCCAGUUUCAAGCCCCGAACCAAUCAGAGCCACUCUUUAAAGUGGGCUUUGCUGAGUCAAAGCCAAUUUGUAGCGCCAAGGAUGUGCUCAAGUCUUCGGACAGUGCGAAGCAUAGCCACAGUCAACCAGUUAUAGAUUCCUGCAAACCAAAUGCCUGUGAAGAGUUCAAACGCAAGCGAAAGGAAACGACCUGCCAGCCCUGCAACGAGGACGGAACUGCUCCUUGUGGAAGUGGUGGUGGUGGCGAUGAGGACUGCGAAUGUCGGAUGAAGGAUCUGCGUCUCAAGUGUCUGUUGGGUGCGCUGGCUGCUCUUCUCGCAGGAGGAUUGCUCGCCUGGUUCAUGACGCGGAAAACGGAUGACAGUGAAGCCAAGAAAGCCCAAGAAGAGGAGGAAUUACGGAAACGUAGAUUGAUAGCUGGACUUGCUACGAGUCCGCCCAGUUCUGAGGACCUUCCGAAGCAUGUGCCUUACCUCAUUAUUGGUGGCGGAACCGCCGCCUUCUCUGCGUUCCGCGCCAUUAAGUCCAACGAUGCGACCGCCAAAGUUUUGAUGAUCAGCAACGAGUUUCGUAAGCCCUACAUGCGGCCUCCAUUGUCCAAGGAACUGUGGUACACGCCCAAUCCCAACGAAGAUCCCAUUAAGGAUUACCGAUUCAAGCAAUGGACUGGUUCUGAAAGAAGCUUGUUCUUUGAGCCCGAUGAGUUCUUUGUGGAGCCUGAGGAUCUGGAUGACAGUGUCAACGGCGGUAUAGCCGUCGCUCAAGGGUUCUCUGUGAAGAAGGUGGACGCGCAGAAACGCAUUGUGACGCUAAACGACGGAUGCGAGAUCAGCUACGAUGAAUGCCUUAUUGCCACGGGCUGUGCCCCUAAGAACCUGACCAUGCUUCGCGAUGCCCCGCCCAGCGUAAUGGAAAAGGUAAUGGUGUACCGCACACCCGAUGAUUUCGAUCGCCUCCGGAAACUGGCAGCGGAGAAGCGGUCAAUCACCAUUGUGGGCAAUGGUUUCAUCGGAAGUGAGCUGGCCUGCUCCUUGGCGCACUACUCCAGGGAGAACAAUGGAGGCAAGGUGUAUCAGGUGUUCCAGGAGAACGCCAACAUGUCGAAGGUCCUGCCAAACUAUCUGAGUCGUUGGACAAUGGCCAAGAUGGAAGCCCAGGGCGUCUGUGUCAUUCCCAAUGCCAGCAUUCGAUCGGCUGUCCGAGAUGAAACCAAUCUGAAGUUGGAGUUAAACAAUGGCAUGACGUUGAUGUCCGAUGUCGUCGUCGUUUGUGUGGGAUGCACACCGAAUACAGAGCUAGCGGGUCCCAGCAGAUUAGAGGUGGACCGGAGUCUUGGUGGCUUUGUGGUCAAUGCUGAGCUGGAGGCCAGACGGAAUCUGUACGUCGCCGGGGAUGCGUCCUGCUUCUUCGAUCCACUGCUGGGCAGGCGGCGAGUGGAGCACCAUGAUCACUCGGUGGUCUCUGGUCGGCUGGCCGGCGAGAACAUGACAGGAGCAAAGAAACCCUAUCAGCACCAGAGCAUGUUUUGGUCCGAUCUGGGACCAGAGAUUGGGUACGAGGGCAUUGGUUUGGUGGACUCCUCGCUGCCUACCGUUGGCGUGUUCGCCCUGCCCUCGGACGCCGCCGAUCGCGUCGACAAUCUUCCCGAGUCCAGCGAAGAUGAGGACUCAAAAAGUGCGAGUUCCAACGUCUCAACGAAAAACGCUGCCGUCGUUACCCCCGAUGGAGUUACCUGUGAUCCCGAUGAGGCGGCCAACUAUGGAAAGGGUGUGAUAUUCUACUUGAAGAACGACAAGAUUGUUGGAAUCCUUCUGUGGAACCUUUUCAAUAGGAUAGGCUUAGCUAGGACGAUAAUCAAUCAGAAUAAGAAGUACGAUGACCUCAAUGAGGUGGCCAAACUGUUCGAGAUUCAUGCGUAGACAACCGAGUGUCCCUGGGGACCAAGGGAAAAGCCCAUCAGUGUUCUGGAAUGCUAAUCAGCCCGCACCGAUCAUAAACGAAUGCCUUCAACUGUGUUUAUUGUGUACAUAUGCAAUUGCAACUAGAUACGAACGGCAAUGGCGCAAUGCAACAGAAAUUUUGGUUUUAUUAUUUUUGGAAUAAAUUUUAUUUUGUAGUCCACGACAUUGAAUCGGGUUUAAGGCCGCAUUAUGCGUAUCUGCAUGUAUAUAUAUCAAAGACAAGGAUUAGCAGACAUCUGUUGAAUUUUCUGUAUGUUUCCUAAUAAAUUAAGCGUGAAAAAAGUUGUUGACCAAAAUUUCACGUACUACCUGAAUUGUUUA